CCCCCUCUGAAUCGAGUGCCAAUGUGCGAUUAGAUAGAUCACUGUUACGUUGGGUCCAACUGGAUACAAAAGCUGGCUGUUCCAGUACCACUGCUCUGCAAAAUGCAGAUGCAAGCGCGGGACCGGUACAGUUCGUCACGGGACAGUGUGUAUGCGUAUCCUCCCCAAUCAUCAGCAACGCAUGCAGUCCUCUUGUUAGAGCUCCGUAUAUAUUCUUGAGAUCUGAUUAAAAGAACUAAGCACUGUUCAAGCGUCAGGAUUACUGUUUGUGCCGUUCAUUCAUACUCACUUAUUGGAAUUCGAAAGAGCAGACAAUUUACAGCUCGGCAAUUGAUCGAGCUUUUGGCUUUUGCAGGAACUUUGCAGUUCGCAAGGCGCUCGUAGAACCAAACACCUGCAUAGCAACACGGGCAAGAUUCCUCCAAAGUUUCUCUCCAAUGACACCACCACAACAGCAAGGUGACACUGAGACCGCCUCCCUCCGAUCCCCACCCACUCCCACCGCCAGCUCAUCCGAGCUCCCACCGCCACCUUCUCGCCGCCGGCAAUGGCGUCGUCGUCCGCCGCCAACAUCCUCCUCGCCAUGACCAUGGCCUCGCUCUCGCUCGCCGCGUCGUCGGCUCCUGCGCCGGGGCCGACGGCGACGGUGCGCGCCGGCUUCUACCUCGCUGCGGCCGCCCACCUCCGCCCGCUCGCCGCGCUCGACGCCUCCCUCUACACGCACCUCUACUACUCGGCCCUCGCCGUGCACCCGACCACCCGGAAGCUCGCGCUCCCCGCGGACCCGCACCAGGCGGGCCUCCUCGCCGCCUUCUCCCCGGUGCUCAAGUCCAGGAACCGCGCGCUCCGGACCCUGCUCUCCGUCGGCGCUGGCGCGGGCGUCGCGGGGGCGGGCUCCCAGUCCCAGACCGACCCGGCGUUCGCCGCCAUGGCCGCGGACCCGGCGUCCCGCGCUGCGUUCGUCGCCGCGGCCGUCGCGCUCGCCCGCGGCAGCGGCUUCGACGGGCUCGACGUCGCGUGGCGGUUCCCGGCGUCCGCGGUCGAGAUGGCCGACUUCGGCUUCCUCGUCUCCGAGUGGCGCGCCGCCGCGCCCCCCGGGUUCCUGCUCACAGCCACGGUCUACUUCUCCAACCACGUCUUCGACGCGCCGCUCCCCGGCGUCGACUACCCGUCCGAGGCCGUGGCGAGGUGCCUCGACUGGGUCAACGUCGUCGCGUUCGGGCUCCGCCCGCGGGGCGCCGGCGCCACGGCCUUCGACGCGCCGCUCUACGACCGGGCGUCCCACUUCUCGGCGAGCUACGGCGUCGGGUCGUGGAUCGACGCGGGCGUGCCGGCGGGCAAGGUGGUCAUGGGCCUCCCGCUCUACGGCCGCUCGUGGUUCCUGCGCAACAAGGCCAACAGCGGCGUCGGCGCGCCCGUCGUCGCCGCGGGGCCCAAGCAGCGCGGGAGCAACGCCACCGGCGUCAUGUCGUACGCGGAGGUCCAGAAGCUCGCCGCGGCCGGCGGCGGGAGCGGUCCUCAGCGCUCGGUCACCACGACGUACGACAACGCGUCCGUGGCGUCCUACCUGUCCGUGGGCGACGUCUGGGUCGCCUUCGACGGCGCGGCCGUCGUGUCCGAGAAGCUUGCCUUCGUCGCGCGGCGCGGCCUGCUCGGCUACUUCCUGUGGCCGGUGAACUACGACGACGCCAACCUCACGGUGUCCAGAACAGCAUCGGAGGUCUGGAUGCAGAACGAGAUCUCGUCGAGUUCCAAGAACGGCACCGGCGUCAGGCAGACGCAGGGGCCAGUGCGAUUGCCGCCGGCGCUCAGGUCGCCUGCCGGAACGCCUGGACCGGUACCGGCGCCGACGUCUGGAUCAGGAUCUUGGUUGCCUUGGACGAAGCUUAAUGGGCUCCUGCAUCUGUGGUUGCUAAUUCUUGUGUGGUGUUAGUUGUAGAAACUUGUGUGUUUCUGCAUUUGGGAUCGCUAAUUCUAAGUUCUGACACUGAAAGAGGAUCAACAUUUCAGAAAUUAUGCGCUGUGCUCUUCUAAUUUUGUCUAAGUGUAUCAUAGCAGAAAAAACUUUUGAAUACUUCUUUGUACGAAAUCGACAAGUGUACGCAUCACAGUGGUGUAAAUCGGUGCAACUUACU